CGAGCAGGGGUUCGGCGGCCUCACCUGUCCCCACUCUCCGGCGGCGACCGGCGGCGGCGGGCAGCGCGGCGGGCGGGGAGGGCCGCCGCCAGCACCUCCUGUCUCUGAGUUAGGACCUACAUAGUAUGGUCUGAGAAGGGUCUACAUAAGAAGCUACAGGAAUGAAUCUGAAGUCUGCUGCAAUAAAACACUGAAGGCUUUACAAUGUUUUCUUGCAUAAAACUCAAAACUUUAAGUAGCUGCUUAUGAGGCUAGGGAAGGCAGGAGUCUAAUGUGUGUCUCAAGAUACAGGACAGCUGUUUGCCCAUCAACCUCAACUGUGUGUGCAACAGAGGAACAUGGCUCAAGAAACUAAUCACAGCCAAGUGCCUAUGCUUUGUUCCACUGGCUGCGGAUUUUAUGGAAACCCUCGUACAAAUGGCAUGUGUUCAGUGUGCUAUAAAGAACAUCUUCAAAGACAGAAUAGUAGUAAUGGUAGAAUAAGCCCACCUGCAGCUUCUGUCAGUAGUCUGUCUGAAUCUUUACCCGUCCAGUGCACAGACGACAGUGUCCCGGAUGCCCAGUCACCGCUAGACUCCACGUCUGCAUCUGUGCAGCCAAGCCCUGUAUCAAAUCAGUCACUUUUAUCAGAAUCUGUAGCAUCUUCCCAAGUGGACAGUACAUCUGUGGACAAAGCAGUACCUGAAACAGAAGACCUGCAAGCUUCAGUAUCAGAUACGGCACAACAGCCAUCUGAAGAGCAAAGCAAGUCUCUUGAAAAACCAAAACAAAAAAAGAAUCGCUGUUUCAUGUGCAGGAAGAAAGUGGGACUUACUGGGUUUGAAUGCCGGUGUGGAAAUGUUUACUGUGGUGUACACCGUUACUCAGAUGUACACAAUUGCUCUUACAAUUACAAAGCUGAUGCUGCUGAGAAAAUCAGAAAAGAAAAUCCAGUAGUUGUUGGUGAAAAGAUCCAGAAGAUUUGAACUCCUGCUGGAAUACAAAAUCCUUUGACCAUCUGCAAACUAAAAAUUGACUUGAGGUUUUUUUUUUUCCUAGUCAUUGGGAAUGUAGAGCAAUGUAUCUUGCAUAGACCUUUUAAUCAUGCAUGUCAUCAGAAGAAUAGAUUUUUGUUUUUGUUUUGAAAAUGACUCUGAACAUUUAUUUCCAUUGCAGUUUCUGUGGCUGAAAAGACUUAAGUAAACUUUACAAGUAUUAUCCUUUUAAGAUCAUUUUAAUUUUAGUUGAGUGCAGAGGGCUUUUAUAACAAACGUGGAGAAAUUUUGGAGGGCCGUGAUUUUUCCAGUAUUAAACAUGCAUGCAUUGAUCUUGCAGUUUAUUUUCUCAUUGUGUGUGUACAUAGCUUUUCUCUGCAGCACGAUCUCUGUCGAUGGCGCCCCUCAGGGCACAACUAGUUACCAGUCACUGAAUGUAUCUUCAUCCUUACGGCUGCUUCUGGGUUUUCAUUAACAAAGGUUCUACAUAUGUUAGCAUAUAGUUUCUUUGCACCCACUAUUUAUGUCUGAAUCAUUUGUCACAAGAGAGUGUGUGCUGAUGAGAUUCUAAGUUUGUGUGUUUUUAAAUUUUUUUGAGCGAGGGAAGGAAAAGCUGUAAGCAUUUCAUUGCCGACUGCAGGUUUCUUUCAGAUUACGUUCAUUGGUCUGUGUGUAUACAAUAUGAAGAAUGAUCUGAAGUAAUUGUGCUGUAUUUAUGUUUACCCACCAGUCUUUGAUUAAAUAAAAAGGAAAACCAUAA